AUGCGAUUAAGGUUUCUGGGCUUCGAAGCCGCUUUCGACUCUCCUCUUCGAGGCUUUCUCAACGCGCUCCGCGCCGAUGAAGUACCAGUUCGAACAUCAGCCGUAUGUACAACACCGUUUGAGACGGUAACUGAAGUAAGACAAGGAGCAGUGGCAGGAUCCUUCCUGUUCAAUUCCGCCAUCAAGGACAUUAUGCGAGGAACAGUAAAUCAGUGUCGUGCCGAUAUCAUUCUAGCACCAUCAGGACGCGCCUUGACCGAUUUCGAGCACGCUGACGAUGUUGUUAUAUUCGAGAAAAGCGGUAAGGAACUUUAA